AUGUUCCUUGGUGAUUUGGUAAUUAAUAAACAAACAAAAAGCCAAUUUUAAACUAAAAAAUAAAAAAUUAAUAAAUUACUCGAUUUAUUGCUCGUUUCUUUAUUGGUAUGCUAAGCUACUGAUUUUUCUUUAAAAUUGUAUGACAUCGACAGCGGAGAAGAUGGAGAAGAUGAGGCUGAAGACAUUGACUAUGACAUUCAUGAAUUUAAUGGUGUCUGGUCUGAAGAAUCAAGCACUGAUUAAGGUGAAAUUGUUGAAGAUGGUGAUUUUAAAGGAAAGUAUUACUUCUUUGACAAUGGUGAGAUUCACAUCGCCGCUAACUACGUAUAAUGGCAAGAAAAUCUUCAAGACAUUGGUGAAUCAAUUUAUGAAACUCAUAGACACUACAAAGUGGGCAAACUCAAACACGUUGGUCUUGAAGGUCAACUCACCAAAGAAGAAGUUACUGACUUCGUCUUAAAGAGAAUUAGAUCUAAGAAAAACUGA